GCUAUAUCCGGUUCUCCCGUUCGACCUUUCUGGAUCCCAUCCUCCAACUCAGCCAGUAGCGUUCAACAUUCACAUCGCAAAGUGCCCGUCAAGUGACGACAUUGCCCGGAUUCUGACAGCCCAAUACCGGUGACGUCGUUUGGCGGGGCAGCUUCAAGAGCCAACCACUUUAUCGCGGCUUAUCGCGAAGCCAUAACGGCUGACUAUGCCUAUGAUUGCUUGGUAUGAUUGACACUUUCGACCCGCUGUCGCAAUGCAGUUGAGGAAGCAAGUCAUUGUUGAGACUUUCACCGGCGAUAUCCGCUUCUCCUCUAGCCAUAUAAAAUCACGAUAUCUUCUCCCGUCGUUGUACAUGAGCACCUGUAGAAAGAGGAAUAGCUCCUAUUUAACCCCAGGAAACACAAGCACUGGCCACUUGAAGUAUCCCCCACACAUUAGCUAAUUACAUGUGAUUGGCCCGCAGGGAGCACCCGGGCCACUGUCAAAGACUCGUUCCAGUCUCUCUGACGCUCACCUCAUCCACUUUACCGCCGGUGACCACGAACUGACACAGAUGUCGGAGUGACUUCAACCUUUCGAUUAACAUUUUUUUUUCUCGGCGCUACACUUGACUUUCACCGAAGCCUUUUCUCUCCCGGAAAAUUUAGCAACGAUUCCUAAAAUAAACAUAAAAUGGCCGACGUCAUGUCUCAACCAUCACAGCCAUUCGUCUCCAAGUGGGCGUCCCGGUAUCGCGGGGCAACAGUAGAAGACCUCGACCCACCCCCCGCCCUCUCCCUCACCCCCUCCGACCCCAUCUCCCUCGCCCUCCUCUCCGCCUUUGAGCGCGACUACACCCACCUUACCAUCGUCUCCUCCUCCAACCGGGCCCUUUUGGGGUACAUCUCCAUCCCUCACCUGCAAUCCCUCCUCGAGUCAGGGAAAUCCAAACCCGAAGAUGAGAUCAGAUCGGCAAUGAUCAGGUUCCAGCGCAAGGGGGCACGGUACACAGUCAUCACCAUGAACACUCCUCUCGAGGAGUUGGAAGGGUUUUUUGAGGGCAAGGACAAUGGCGGGCAGAAGCAGGAUUUUGCCGUGAUCACGGAUAGCGGGAGGAGGUUUGUUUUGGGGGUGGCGACGAGGGAGGAUUUGGAGGAGUUUGUCAAGAGAAGGCCUGCGUAGAAUGGCUGAACAAGGGAUGUGUGGAGGAGGCGAUAUGUAAGAAAGGGGCAACGAAACAGAAGAGGGUUUUCAUUACGGACUGGCGUUGAAGGUGGUCGCAAAUUCAGGGGGGCAUUCAACAUGGAAAAUGGGCAUUGGGAUUAGGAAUGGGAGGGGGGUUGAUCUCACACAGAAUACCCAAGCUAUCAUACACAGGGGGGCUCAGAUUCCCCUCGGAGCUCGCGCAUUUGGAUUUAAUCUCUUGCCCAUAGGUGAAGGCAGUGAUGUAGAUGGGCG